AUUGCCGUACUUUCCCCCCCACUGCUUCAUGCAACGAACAAACGGUUGAUUAGUGUCAGGAAGCAAGGCCCCCGACGCGUUUAGAGAAGGCACUAAAAUGGACGCAGUUGUAGUGACACAUUUACUGCCCCGGCGGAGAAAUGCUUUCACAGUUCGGGCAAGAUGCAUUGCGCAGAAAAAAAAAUGCUCCCCGUCGCUAAUCCUAGCUGACAGAGUGACCUUAAUAUCCCGUUUCUCCUCCCCAGCUGAUGGGAGAGAAUGCAACUAUCAACAGCGACGGGAGAACCGCGAUCAUACAUGGUCACGAAUUGGUUCGGGUUAAUACGCACGAAAUAAAUCAACAUUUGAAAACAAACGGCGUUGCGUUUAAUCACCACAUUUAGUUCGUUCUGUUUCUGUUUCUCCGUGUGUCACGAUCAAAACAAUGUACGAAAAGUAGGAUACUUCAUGUGGCUUCUGACUAUUUGUUGUGCGGGAGCUGGUAGGGGAGGGUGUGUACCAUUCGACCUUAUCGCGCCUCACGUUGCAGCAAUGCGUUUUACUUUCGAAUUACAUCUUCCUGCUACAUCACCCUCAUAAUACACGGUGUACGUACGCGGAUUCGGUGUGUCAAAGAUAGGUCACAGCUAAUGAAGUGUAUGACGAUUAUUUAGGUUGGCGUAUUUGAGCAUUCGCCGUUCACGCGGCACUCGAUGGGCGAACGAGAGUAAAUGUGAUGAUAAAGCUUCGAUUGUUUAUCAAAAUGCUAUCAAUUCUGCCACUUGACGCCAACUUACGAUAUGAGUUUAUUGAUAUAUUUAUAAGAACAUUUGCGCUAUAUAAAAGGGCACCGAACUGUUGAGCAAUGGGCAAAUUGAUCUGGACCGGGAAAGCGGAACCUAGUGUAAGAGCAGCAGUAGAUUGGCAACUAAGCUUCAAGGAAUAAGUGAAUAUUGUGUUUGGUUUAAACCAUAAAUUGUGCUGUAAAAAGUGUGUCAAAAAGUGAAAAUGGAGUUUAAACGGACACUUCUGCUUAUGACGCUGACAACAUCAUCUUUCUUCCUUCAUGUGUCUGCAAGCUUCAUUUGCCCAAAGUAUGACACUUCACGACAGUUAUCUUCUCUAUACGCAAUGCCUCACAGCCAAACGGGCUAUGUGACAUGUGUUGGAAGGAUCAAAAUCGCAGCCCACUGUCCGGAGGGAUCGGUGUGGAGUGAUGCAGUGAAAACAUGCGUUCGACAAUACUCCUCCUCGGGAGUUCAGGAGCGUACGAGACGAGAUACCGCAAUAGAAACAGUGACCACAUGUGCAACGGUUUGUCCGCAAGUGUUCGAUCCGAGGAAGCUUGUGCUAGUGGAGCAUAGAUCUUGUACGAAAUAUAAUCUGUGCGUUCUUGGGUUGAUGUUGACUGUAUCGUGCCCGAAUGAUUUGCGGUUCAAUAAAGAGCGGUGUGAAUGUGAUUUUAAGGAAAAGGUUUAUUGUAAAGGUGAAGAUCCCGCGACGACAACAGUGGAUUAUGCAUCAACCACCGAUGCGACGACAGUUUAUGAUUCAACAACAGAAGAUUCCACAACAGAAGAAUUUACCACUGAAGUCGCAACAUCUGAGUCAACGACAGAAGAUUCGACAACAGAAGAGGCUACCACUGAGGUCGCAACAUCCGAGUCAACGACGGAGGAUUCUACAACUGAAGAAUCUACCACUGAAGUCGCAACAUCCGAGUCAACGACAGAAGAUUCUACAACUGAAGAGGCUACCAGUGAAGUCGCAACAUCCGAGUCUACUACGGAGGUUUCUACAACAGAAGAAUCUACAACUGAAGUCACAACAUCCGAAUCAACGACAGAAGAGUCCACUACAGAAGAGUCGACCACUGAGGUCGCAACAUCCGAGUCUACGACGGAGGAUUCGACAACAGAAGAAUCUACCACCGAGGUCGCAACAUCCGAGUCAACGACAGAAGAGUCUACCACUGACGUCGCAACAUCCGAGUCGACGACAGAAGAUUCUACGACAGAAGAAUCUACCACUGAAGUCGCAACAUCCGAGUCUACUACGGAGGAUUCUACAACUGAAGAAUCUACCACUGAAGUCACAACAUCCGAGUCGUCGACGGAAGAGUCCACUACAGAAGAGUCGACCACUGAGGUCGCAACAUCCGAGUCAACGACAGAAGAUUCUACAACAGAAGAGGCUACCAGUGAAGUCGCAACAUCCGAGUCUACUACGGAGGUUUCUACAACAGAAGAAUCUACAACUGAAGUCACAACAUCCGAAUCAACGACAGAAGAGUCCACUACAGAAGAGUCGACCACUGAGGUCGCAACAUCCGAGUCUACGACGGAGGAUUCGACAACAGAAGAAUCUACCACCGAGGUCGCAACAUCCGAGUCAACGACAGAAGAGUCUACCACUGAGGUCGCAACAUCCGAGUCGACGACAGAAGAUUCUACGACAGAAGAAUCUACCACUGAAGUCGCAACAUCCGAGUCUACUACGGAGGAUUCUACAACUGAAGAAUCUACCACUGAAGUCGCAACAUCCGAAUCAACGACAGAAGAUUCUACAACUGAAGAAUCUACCACUGAGGUCGCAACAUCCGAAUCAACGACAGAAGAUUCUACAACAGAAGAAUCUACCACUGAAGUCACAACAUCCGAGUCAACGACAGAAGAGUCCACUACAGAAGAGUCGACCACUGAAGUCGCAACAUCCGAGUCAACGACAGGAGAUUCUACAACUGAAGAAUCUACCACUGAAGUCGCAACAUCCGAGUCAACGACGGAGGAUUCUACAACUGAAGAGUCUACCACUGAGGUGACAGUAUCCGAGUCCAGGACAGAAGAUUCUACGACUGAAGAAACUACUACUGAAGUCGCAACAUCCGAGUCAACGACGGAGGAUUCGACAACAGAAGAGGCUACCACUGAAGUCGCAACAUCCGAGUCAACGACAGAAGAUUCUACAACUGAAGAGUCUACCACUGAGGUGACAGUAUCCGAGUCCACGACAGAAGAUUCUACAACUGAAGAAUCUACCACUGAGGUCGCAACAUCCGAGUCAACGACAGAAGAUUCUACAACAGAAGAGGCUACCACUGAGGUCGCAACAUCCGAGUCCACGACAGAAGAUUCUACAACUGAAGAGUCUACCACUGAGGUGACAGUAUCCGAGUCCACGACAGAAGAUUCUACAACUGAAGAAUCUACCACUGAGGUCGCAACAUCCGAGUCAACGAUGGAGGAUUCGACAACAGAAGAGGCUACCACUGAGGUCGCAACAUCCGAGUCAACGACGGAGGAUUCUACAACUGAAGAGUCUACCACUGAGGUGACAGUAUCCGAGUCCACGACAGAAGAUUCUACAACUGAAGAGUCUACCACUGAGGUGACAGUAUCCGAGUCCACGACAGAAGAUUCUACAACUGAAGAAUCUACCACUGAGGUCGCAACAUCCGAGUCUACGACGGAGGAUUCGACAACAGAAGAGGCUACCACUGAGGUCGCAACAUCCGAGUCAACGACAGAAGGGUCCACUACAGAAGAGUCGACCACUGAGGUCGCAACAUCCGAGUCAACGACAGAAGAUUCUACAACUGAAGAGUCUACCACUGAGGUCGCAACAUCCGAGUCAACGACAGAAGAUUCUACGACUGAAGAAUCUACCACUGAAGUUGAGACAUCCGAGUCAACGACAGAAGAGUCCACUACAGAAGAGUCGACCACUGAGGUGAUAGUAUCCGAGUCCACGACAGAAGAUUCUACGACUGAAGAAUCUACCAGUGAAGUCGCAACAUCAGAGUCAACGACGGAGGAUUCUACAACAGAAGAAUCUACCACUGAAGUCGCAACAUCCGAGUCAACGACAGAAGAUUCUACAACUGAAGAAUCUACCACUGAGGUCGCAACAUCCGAAUCAACGACAGAAGAUUCUACAACUGAAGAAUCUAUCACUGAAGCCGCAACAUCCGAGUCAACGACAGAAGAGUCCACUACAGAAGAGUCGACCACUGAAGUCGCAACAUCCGAGUCAACGACAGACGUUUCUGAAGAAACUACCACUGUAGUCCCAGUAACUGACUCAACUACAGAAGAUUCGACAACAGAAGAGUCUACCACUGAAGUGACAGUAUCCGAGUCUACUACGGAGGAUUCUACCACUGAGGUGACAGUAUCCACUGCAUCUUCAACGUCUGAAGUGCCUACAUCCGAAUCAACAACGGAAGCGUCUACUCAAUCGAUAUCAUUAUCAACGAUUGAAGUAACACCAGAUGAAACGACUUCAAGUUCCUCCACAGAAACAACAACUGCUCUCCCAGUAUCUUCAAGUACGGAGAGAACGCCUGUGUCGGGGGCCGAAAUUGUUACAGGCAUUUCCAAAGCGUUUGAAAAAGUGUCGAGCAUUUUUGAAACAUUAGCCAAAAUAUUUGCAUCGGCCAUUAAGAGCAACUAGAACGAUAGAAACAUGUUGUUGACUGAAUUGUAAAUUAUUUUUAUAUAUAAAAUUGUAAAAACUCGUUUGACUUAAAAUAAAAACACACACACACAAGUAUUAAACAAAAAAACACUCAAGCAAAAGCCAAUUCUUAUACGGUCCCUGCCAUCAAAGCAUUUCCAUUUUGCACAUAUGAAUGUCACAACGAGCUCAAAGCAGCAUGCACAAUUGCAAAAAUCACACACGAACACACAGACACACUGAACUGGUUCGGACUUACGUCAACGCUAUCGAGCGCUUCAUCCUGAA